AUGCCAACAGGAACGACGCCUUCAAUACCAACAGGAACGACGCCUUCUACAACUACCAUGACAGGAACGGCGCCUUCUACAACUACAAUGACAGGAACGGCGUCUCCUACAACAACGGCACCGAAUACUAAUGAUUAUCAAUCAAACAGUGAAUAUUAUCAAUCAUUGACAAAUUCACAUAAUUUUAAUCAAUCGGACAAUCUUCGUUUGGAUCGUUUCUCAUCACCUCGAUUUCAUCCGCAUGAUGGAAGAAGCAUAAUCUAUUUAAGACGGCAAUCUCAUAUGCCUGAUUUACGUGGUUCAACAACAACAUUGCAUUGGUUCGAUUUGGAAACAAACAAGACUCUUCAAUUGACACGACCCAUUUGGGGUAUUCAUGAUCAACAAUUUUUCUGGGUAGACAAUAAUACGAUUCUCUUUUUGUCCAAUCGAGCAUCAUCAGGUCUUAGUCAAAUUUUUCAACUUAAUCUUCCUGCAGAUUUAUCAACGAGAAAUAUUUCCAUCGAUCCGAUUCAAAUAACAGACUAUCCAUUAAAUAUUGAUAAUCUGUUAGUUAAUCGACAAGCAUCACGUCUGGCAUUUAGCUGCCAAGUGUAUCAAAACUUAUCGAUCGUGGAAACAGUUGCUCGACAAGCGGAAGAAAAAGCUAGUGGUCGUUCGAUUUAUCAAUUCGAUAAGCUAUUCAUUCGACAUUGGGAUGAAUACCAGAGAGGUCCACGACAUCAUCCAUUUGUUGUUUCAAUCAGACGACAAAGCAAUGAAAUAUUCAACUUUUCAUCGGACCCAAUUGAUGUACUUUUAGAUUGGGACAGUGAUUCGCCAACAAGGCCUUUCGGUGAUGCUCAAACUCAAUGGUCAUUUAGUGCAUCUGGUAAUCUGUUUGCAUUCACUCGACAACACGAUGAAACAAGUGCAGUAGCUUGGUCAACCAAUUUAGAUAUAUAUACACUUGAUCUGAACACAAUUGGACAAAAAAGUGAAUGUAUUACAUGCAAUAAUAACGCAACUGAUACCGAUCCAUCUUAUUCGCCAACAGAUGAUAGUAUAUUGGUCUAUCGGUCACAGUCAGUUCCAGGUUCAAUAUGCAUUCUUUUCUUUCAUAUUUCAGUAUCGGAUACGACAAGAACUCUUCUCGACGAUUGGGAUCAAAGUAUUCAAGCUGUGACAUGGUCUCUCGAUGGUAACUCUCUUUAUCUUGAAAUCGGCGAAAAAGCAAGUAAUGUUAUCUACCAUUUAUCUGAUAUAUUUGUGAAUGAAUCGGUGGUUCGUCUUAUUGAUAAUGGUACUUCGCGCGCUGUUAAUCCUCAUCCGACCGACGAUCAAACAUUUGUCUUCACUCAUGGAAGUAUCCUCAGUCCGACCAAUAUCUAUCUGUAUUCUUCGAAUGCACCGAUGCGACCCCUAACUCAACAUAACAAUGCUCUAUUGUCUAAAGUGAUAAUGAGUACUAAGGCUGAAAAAUUUUCAUUUACGGGUGCUCUGGGUGAUACUGUUUGGGGAUGGCAUGUACCACCGGUAAAUGGCACACCCAUGCCAGCUCCACUUGCAUUUCUUAUUCAUGGUGGUCCGCAAAGCAGUUGGUACGAUAGUUGGGGUUCUGGAUGGAAUUUUCAAUCCUAUUCUUCUCAAGGUUACGCUGUCAUUGCCAUUAACUUUCAUGGUUCUGACUCGUACGGACAAAAUUUUACAGACAGUAUCACAGGUGAAUACGGUUCUUUGCCUUACGAAGAUCUUAAGUUGGGACUUGAUUAUGCUCUGAGCAAUUUUUCUGAUAUUGAUCCGAACCGAAUCGUAGCAUUGGGCGCUAGCUAUGGUGGAUAUAUGAUCAACUGGCUUGCUGGACAACCUGAAAUGAGUCGUCGUUUCAGAACAUUUGUCAAUCAUAAUGGUUUGUUUGAUAUGAGGGCUAUGGGUUAUUCCACAGAAGAGCUAUGGUUUACUGAGCAUGAUGCAGGAGGUUACACUCCAUAUGAAAAUCCCGAUGCUUAUGAACUUUAUAAUCCAGUCAAUUAUGUGGCAAAUUGGACUCAGCCAAUGUUGAUAAUUGUUGGUGCUCGUGACUAUCGUGUACCAGAAACACAAGGAAUCGGCGCCUUUACAGCUUUGCAGCGUCGUGGGAUUGAAAGUCGGUUACUCUAUUUUCCUACUGAAAACCAUUGGAUACUAAACUCACUGCAUUCAGUUGCUUGGUUUGAGCACGUACUCGAUUGGAUGAACAAACAUACAAGCUAA